AUGGCAAGUCUGUUGGAGCUCGACAAAGCUGGGGUGGCAUCAAAGAGGAGUUCAAACCUGAGCAGUGUUCUACAGUGUCGUCAACAGGAGGAUGGUUUUAUCCACACAGGGACCCAGACACCAGUGCUGUCACAUGAGACUGCUGGCAAACAAACCACACUGCCUGAGUACAUGUUUUCAUCCACACCUAUAAAGGGGCCAGGGUUUGGACCACGAAAAAGAGCACGUGUUGAGUCAGAGGAGGAAGAGGUAUUCACCUCACCAGAGUCACAAGCCGACCCAAAUGACUCAACCUUUACUCCCGGUGGAUCCCUAACAACACACGAUUCAACAAUGUUGUUGUACCUUGCAUCCAUGCAUCACAACGAAAAUUCCAGCCGUGAGCAGGCAACAACAGCUUCAGGCCAAGCUGUCUACAGAGUGUCGUAUCCGAAGGCCAAGAAGGGAGAAGCCACCGCAAAGCCAGUCAAAACAGACCCCACGUACAACUAUGUGGCUGAAAUGAUGAGGCUGGUGUUCGACGAGGUGAUGGAGGACCCAGAGUCUUUCGCCAAGGACAUGAGGAAGAUCACAAUCCCCGAGACCCUGUCAGCCCAGUGUGACAGUCCCUUAAAGGAGGAAGUCAUUGCCUCACACAUGACCCACUUCAGUCAAGGGGUGGGCGGAAGCCAAGAUCCGGCACACAACACACGACGGGAUGACGACUCGUACAUGUUGUCCCAAAUAGCCCCAGCACCAGCUGAGUGUAAAGCUGCGGCUCAGGCUGAACCUCCAGUACCCACACCACAUUGGACCAAAUUAUAA